CUGCCGCGAGGCUCCUGCGGGCUCCCUCUAGCAACAUCCCCGAUUGAGAGGAUUUGGGGGUCCAGCCAGCUGAGGCUAUGGGCAGCUCGGUGGGGGAGCCCGACUGCUGCGGAGGCCUCGGGAAUAUUGACUUCAGGCAGACCUCUGCGUUAUGAGCUGGCUGCUGGCCUACGUGGACCCCUCUGAUCCCCGCUUUGUGGCUGCUGUCCUUGCCAUCGCUUUCAAUCCUUUCUUCUGGAAUGUGGUUGCAAGAUGGGAACAGAAAACUCGCAAGCUGAGCAAAGCCUUCGGCUCUCCUCACCUGGCCUGCUAUGCCCUGGGCAGCACCAUUUUGCUCCUGAAUGUCCUGCGCUCCCAUUGCUUCACACAAGCCAUGUUGAACCAGCCCCGGAUGGAGAGCCUGGACGGCCCUAUCACCUACCAGCUGGGCCUCGCACUGCUGGCAGUGGGCAGCGUGUUUGUACUUUCCAGCUUCUUGGCCCUGGGCUUCACUGGGACCUUCCUAGGUGAUUACUUCGGGAUUCUCAAGGAAGCACGAGUGACAUCAUUCCCGUUCAAUGUUCUGGACAACCCCAUGUACUGGGGCAGCACUGCCAACUACCUGGGCUGGGCCCUCAUGAAUGCCAGUCCCACCGGCGUGCUGCUCACCGUGGUCGUGGCUCUCAUCUAUGUGGUUGCUGUCUUGUAUGAGGAGCCCUUCACUGCUGAGAUCUACCGGCAGAAAGCCUCCCAGUCCCACAAGCGGAGCUGACACUGACUGUCAGGAUGGAGAAUGGUGCCAGGCUACUCAGAGAGACCUGGCAGGGCUCCUCCAGUGCCUUGCUUCCUGCUGCCUUGGGAUCCCUGGACAUGCUGCUGUGUGGCUACUGAGCCUUCCUGCACCACUACACCCUGAUGCACAAUAAAGGCUUCCUGAGUCCAGCA